CGCAUAAUGGUGGAGUGCACCAACUUUAUUCUUUCUUCAACCUUAACAUUGUUUGAACCGUUUCAUCCAAACAGUUUGCUGUACAUAUUUACAUGGACAUGCACACGCCAGGAGAGAAGCCACGUAAGGUUAAUGGGGCUAAGUUUCAUCGGAAAUCGGAUUUGAAGGGUCACAUGAAAAUACAAUCAGGAAUGAAGCCAUACAAAUGUGAAAUAUGUGAUGCUGCUUUCUCCAAGAAAAGUAAUUUACAACCACAUAUAAGAAGACAUACAGGGGAUAAGCCAUACAAGUGUGAGGUUUGUGAUGCUGCUUUCAUCCAGAAAAGUCAUUUACAACAACAUAUAAGAACACAUACUGGAGAGAAGCCAUAUCAGUGUGUGAUGUGUGCUGUUGCUUUCUCCCAGCAAGGUCAUUUACAACAACAUAUAAGAACACAUACAGGAGAGAAGCCAUACAAGUGUGAGGAAUGUGAUGCUGCAUUCUCUAAGAAAAGUGAUUUAAAUAGACAUUUUAGAAUACACAUGGGAAAGAAACCAUACCAAUGUACGGUGUGUGAUGCUGCUUUUUGUCAGAAAAGUGAUUUACAUAGACAUAUUACAAUACAUACAGGAGAAAAGCAAUACAAGUGUGAGGUAUGUGCUGCUGCCUUUUCUCAAAAAUAUCAAUUCAAAAUACAUGUCCGAAUACACACAGAAGAGAAGCCAUACAGGUGUGUGGUAUGUGAUGCUGCCUUCCCACAGAAAAGUGAUUUACAUAAACAUAAAAAAAUACACACAAUUGAGAGUACAUUAAAGUGCGAUGUAUGCGAUGCUACCUUCUCUCGGAAAGGUAAUUUACAACAACACAUUAGAAUACACACGGGAGAGAAGCCAUACAAAUGUGAAGUAUGUGCGGCUAUUUUCUCUCGGAAAUGUUAUUUACAACAACAUGUAAGAAGACACACAGGGGAGAAGCCAUUCAUGUGUGACGUAUGUACGGCUGCUUUCUGUCAGAAAAGUGAUUUUCAAAGACAUUUAAGAAUACACACCGGCGAGAAACCAUACCAGUGUGAUGUAUGUGCUGCUGCUUUCUCUCAGAAAAGUGAUUUUCACAGACAUUUCAGAACACACUCGGGGGUGAAGCCAUACUCAUGUGAGUUAUGUGAUGCUGCUUUUUAUCAAAAAAGUGAUUUACAUAGACAUAUUAAAAUACACACUGGUGAGAAGCCAUACAAGUGUGAGGAAUGUGCUGCUGCCUUCACUAAGAAAAAAUAUUUACACAGACAUUUUCAAUUACACACGGGGAUGAAACCAAAUGUAUGAUGAAUAGGUUGCUACUUUUUUCAACAAGGUACACAUGAUAUAAAUAUGUGGGCAUCUUACUGCCUUUUGAUAACAUUGUCAAACUUGGUUUAAUUGUGCAUUCUUGUUUUUACUGAUGUAUUUUGUGAUAGAAUAAUUCUCAUGUUCAAAUAGACAUGACUGUUGCUGUCGAUUAUGUUUGUCUUUGAUACAAUUCAUGCAUUUAAACAAAUGUGCGAACUAGUUUCGUCAAUACAUGUACAUGAAACAGCACUGUGGCCAAAUUAAUCUUUUACUAUUGA